AUGGGGAAGAAGAGAUACGUCUACCUGCAGCUGUCGAUAAACAGCAUCGUGCUGGGGAAGGUAUACUUCCAGCUGUUUGACGACCCGGAGGUGAAGAACUCAGUGGAAAACUUCCUCUGCCUGUGUAGAGGUAACAAGUACCACAGCGUGUAUUCAGGGGAACCCCUCUCAUAUAAGCAUUGCAUUAUCGAGAAGGUGAAAAAAAACAAGUGUAUAAAGAGCGGCUACCUGCGUUGCAAAGUCACGCAUGGUACGACUGGCCAGGUCAUCCCACCUGCUACUCGGAAAAAUCCGCAGGAAAAGUACGAACAAGUGGAAUGCAUUUUCGGCCCAACUUUCAAAAAGGAGAAUUCCCAAAGGAGACAUACCAAUGCAGGGCUACUCACCAUGGUCCAGGUGGGACCCAAACGUUGCUCCUCUGUUUUUAAAAUAACCCUCAGUUCCGUCCACAAAUACAAUGGUAAAAAUACCAUCAUUGGAAGGGUCGUUAAAAACAUGCACGUCUUGAGGGCCAUCGAACUUAUUCCCGUGACAAGCAACUUCGAACCGAAGACCUGCAUCUACAUCUCCGAAUGUGGUGAGGUGAGUGAGUCCAUCUUCAAAGGGGAGCGCGUCUCCUCCAGGCAGCAGUAUAUCGAUAGUCUAUUUGCAACUGCCGGUAUCGGCGACGUGGGACAGACUGGCGAAGCUAGCAGUUCCGACAGUGAUGAUCGUAGUGACCCCAGUGGGGUAAACACUCAGGGGGACCCCCUGGGGAAAAUAUUCGCCAAGGGGAAAAAGGGAAAAUCAGAAAAGACGGAGAAGCAGAAGGGGAUAGAGCUUCUCAAUCGGAUCCUCGCCGAUAUUGAUGCGAUCGCGAGGGGGGAAAAACUGCAAGAGGUGGGAGUUAAUAAGGUGGAACCAGUGCACAAGGUGGAAGACGUGCACAAGGUGGAAGACGUGCACAAGGUGGAAGACGUGCACAAGGUAGGAGGUAUGCAUACGGUAGAAUCAGUACAGAAGGAAGAAGCCAUACGGGGGAUAGAUGCAGCGCAUAAGUUCGACUUGGUGAAGGACCCCCCACGCAGAAUGACCGACAGGGAAAGGAGAUUCCUCGAAAUUGAACUCAAGAUAAACCAGUCCAAGGGGCUGAACCAAGUGGAGGCCAAUCGGGAGAGGUUGGCCGGGCACCUCCCCACGAGAGGCGCCUCAGCAGGGAAGUCAGACGAGUAUGCAUGUUACCACUAUGAGAAGAAUACCAGUGUUACUAACGCGUGUGGGAAGAAGCCAACCCGGGGGGAUGAACCCAAAGAACCAGAAAAGGUGGAUCCAGUAAAAGUGGACCCCCUCAUUCGUGAUGACCCCCCCAGCAGCGACGAUGAAGAAGACGCCCCCGGCAUCUACACAACCAGCGCUGCUCAAGCAAAAAGCGUCUCCAAAAAGAAAAACAAAAAAGACCUAAUCGAAGUUGACAGGGAUAAGCGAUUUUUUAAAAAAAUGAAGUUCAACUUUUCCAUAAAUAGGAACCUGUAUGAUGAGAAAAAAAAAAAACUGGGGAAGAGUUUCUACGGAGAGGACCUAUUAAUUACCGACACAUCCAAGUGCACCGAGAGGGACAAGAAUAACGUCAUCACCUUCUGCAGGAAGCAGGAGGUGGUUCGCUCGAAGCUCAGUCGGAAGAGAAAGCAAGAAAGUGGGGUGUUUAAAAAUUACAUCAACAGGAGGAACAAAAUGUACAACAAAAAACUCGACCGCUACUUUAAUCAGCACACGGCCGAAAUUAGGCAGAACCUGGAGCGGGGCGGUUAA